GUUUUGGCGCCUAAAAUCUGACAGAUUUAAGAAAUUAAUCAGCUGAAAAGUUUACUUGCCUGUUUGUUAGAAAAACUGUGAUAAAAUGAAAUUCGCCAUUCCCGAAAUAUCUUGGCAUAAUCGUGACCCAGUCCUUAGUGUAGAUUUUCAGCCAAAUACAGAGCCUAAUGGGCCAUUACGGCUCGCUACUGGUGGCACGGAUUCUCAUGUUUUGAUUUGGUACAUAAACUCCAGUGACUCAGGAUCUGUAAACAUUGAGGUAGUUGCUGAUCUAACCCGUCACCAAAAGGCAGUGAAUGUAGUACGGUGGUCCCCUAACGGACAACUUCUGGCAUCUGGAGAUGACGAAUCAAUUAUUUUUGUCUGGCAACAAAAGACUGAGAAGGAAACUGUUCAGACUCUUGACCAAGGAGAGGAGCAGUACAAAGAAACGUGGGUAAUUCACAAGACACUCAGAGGCCACAUGGAAGAUGUCCUAGAUCUCAGCUGGAGUCCUGAUUCCCUGCACCUGGCGUCAGGCUCUGUGGACAACAAGCUGCUAGUGUGGGAUGUUACUCGAGGCCGGUACACAUCCAUUAUCACAGAUCACAAGGGGUUCAUCCAGGGUGUGUCAUGGGAUCCUCAAGGCAGUAUCAUUGCCACUGCUAGCACAGAUAGAGUAUUCCGUACCAUUGAUGUGAACACAAAGAAAGUUGUAUCACGAAGCAGCAAAGCCACUCUUCCUUUUCCACCUGACCACCCUCUGCACGAAGUUAAAGUGCGUCUCUACCACGAUGACACGCUGCAGACAUACUUCCGAAGACUGCAUUUCAGCCCUGAUGGUUUGCUGCUGGCAGUGCCAGCGGGUCGGGUGGAACCUGACCAGGCCAAGGUGGAUGUAAAACCAAUCAAUGCUGUGUACAUUUACACUAGAUAUUCAUUGAAAGUGCCAGCCUGCAUCCUGCCGUGCGGGGAGCCGGCGCUGGCGGUGCGGUGGGCGCCGCUGCGGUUCAGCGCGCGCCGCGAAGGGCCCGCGCCCGCGUUGCCGGCGCCGCGAAUGCUGCUCGCCGUGGCUACUAAACGAAGCGUGCUGCUGUAUGACACGCAGCAGAAGACGCCUGUCGCGCUCAUAUCUAACAUACAUUACACCAGGCUGACGGACCUGUCGUGGUCUCCGGACGCGCGGCGGCUGGUGGCCAGCAGCACGGACGGCUACUGCUCCGUCAUCAGCUUCGACGACGGCGAGCUGGGCAACGUGCUGCCGGAAGAAACACCAGCGCUUCCUCAGACCACUGAAGACCAAAUGGAAGUUGAAGAACAAGAACCGAAAGAAUCUCAGAAAACCGAAAUAAAAGAGAAAGCUCCUGAAGAAAAGCAAACCAGCAACGUCCAAAAAAUAGACUCUUUUAUCAAAUUCAAAACACCCUCACAGAAGUCUCCUAAAAAGCAGAAGAUCGAGGCCAAUCAGCAGAAAACUCCCAUAAAAAUUGAUGUAUUAGAAGAAGUCGCUAUGCCGUCGUGGAAUGACAACUCCAACAGUGGAAUGGGCAAGCCUAAGCAAGACGCGAUGGAAGUGGAUUCUGAGAAGCCUUCGGCGGUCAUUGAAAUAGAGGACAGCGAAGAUAUGAAGUUAGUAUACGACGAAACUGAGACGAAGUCAGCUGAGUCGCCGAAAGACCAGAAAAAGACGUCACCCGAACAAAUGAAGACUUCUCCCGAGCAAAAGAAAGAGUCGCCUAAAGCGGAGACGCCGAAAAGUUCUAGCAGUAACAAUUUCUUUAAGCAAGCCAAAGUGACGGACGUGAAGUCACCCGCGUCGAAGGCUGCGCCGAGUCCCAAAGCCCCUAGACGAGUGAGUUUUGUCACCCUAUCGAGCCCUAAAAAUAGUAAGAAAAAGUGAAGUGAUUAUAUUGCCCAUUUUGAUUCCAAUAACGCCGACAGAGAUGCAGAACUG